UUUGGUUUACGCUAUUGAGACACCUCAUUCCAACAUGUCAAAUUCUACUGCCUUGGCAUCCGCCCCAAAACGCACACGAGAGCAGUAUGUUGCAAUUGACCUUGGCGAAAACAUGCAUGAGCGAAACAUAUAUCGAAAUAACCGACCUGAUUUCAAAGCACUUGCGGAGGAAUUUCCUAGUAUUAAGGACUUUGUACAUUAUUCAGAAAACGGUAGCGCCUAUAUCGAUUUUAAGAAUGCCGAAGCUUCAAGGGCAUUGACCCAGUGUCUUUUUAAAAAAGACUUUAAUUUGGAUGUCGAGAUUCCCGAAAAUACCUUAUGUCCUCCUAUCCCGAAUCGACUGAAUUAUAUUUUAUGGAUAGAGGACUUGCUCUCAGAAUCGCAUAUCAAACUGACUGCGGUGCGUGGUAUCGAUAUCGGAGUUGGGGCAUCGUGCGUGUAUCCUUUGCUUGGGUGCGCAACUAACAAAUCAUGGCAAUUCAUUGGAACCGAGGUGGACGCGGAAAGUGUCAAAUCGGCAAGAAGGAAUGUGAAUCGAAACGAUUUGCAUGGUCAAAUCACAAUAUAUCAUAAUCGUGAUAGGUCACGAACACUCCCCUUGGACAAACUUGAGAGUGAAGGAAUUAUAUCGCCUAAUGACGAGUUUGCCUUCAGCAUGUGCAAUCCACCAUUUUACGGGAGUAGUGAUGAAAUACAAGCUGGUAUUGACAAUAAGAUAGACGAUCCUGCAGCUGUUUGUACUGGCACAGAGAGCGAAAUGAUUACUGAAGGCGGAGAAGUGCAAUUCAUUACAAAUAUGAUUGAAGAAAGUUUAAAAUGGAAAAAUCGAAUCAAGUGGUAUACCACUAUGAUAGGAAAAGGAGAAACGCUGGGCAAGAUUCGACAAAAAUUAAUGGAAAACAAGGCAAGUGCUUAUUGUGGUAAUGGGAAGGGAAAGGAAGACAGCAACCACGCUAAACCACCUGAUUAUCCAACAGAUCGACAACUUUACUGUGACCGAAUUCAAUCAAGGCCGCACGAAAAGUUUUCAUACAAUAAGGAUGGACCAGUAACAAAGAAAAUACGACUCGCACAAGCACCCAAAUCGCAAUUUUCUACCCAGCUGCCGUGCGAUGCAGCCAAAGCACAGGAAGACAUAUUGGAGAUAUUGAAUGAUCUAAAUGCCAGUCAAUUAGCUGUUACGUCAGAAUGUAUUUCCGGAUCGAUGGUGUCAAAUACAUGGUCACGCAAAGCACGGCGUCAGCGUGCACAUAAUGCAAAUGCAACCAAAAAAGACGACAUAGCUGAGGUGUCAGCGGAAAUACUGUUUACUUUCAAAUUUGAUAUUCAAGAAGUUGACAGAGACAACACCAAUGUCAUUGCAACUUGGACAAAAGGGAAACAACGUGAAGUGUUUGAAAGUUUCUGGAAUCAUGUAAAAAAGAGGAUACUCCAAGAUUUUGGGAUUGUUCAAGGUGAUAGGUAUAAACCUCAUGGAGUCGACGCAUAA